ACGGCGGUGGGCUUCUGGGCCGUUACCACGUAGUUGUACGACAUGUCGAGGCUUGGAGCGGCCCGUCGGGACUCGAGCGCGACACUAGAGAGAGGGACACAAGCGAAAAGACAGGUGGCCCCCAACAGCGCGCAGCGAACUCCACUGCCGCUGCCUCCGCCCCAGAGACACGUUGCAGGCCAGAGCGGCCGGGGCGCGGGGCAUCAUGGGACGGCCUCACCUGGCCUCUUGGAGGACUCCCGAAGCCUGAGGCCGCCAACCGAAGGAGGCCCCGCCCCCGGAGGCGCCGCCUCGCCUCUUUCCGCCAGCGCCCGCAGGACCCGGAUGAGAGCGCACCACUGGGGGUCCCCGGGAAGUCGCGGCGCCUUCGGAGGUGGCGGAUGCGGCCGUGAGCCGGCGGGGGAGACCUCCAAGAAGCUGGUGAACUCGGUGGCUGGCUGUGCUGAUGACGCUCUUGCUGGCCUGGUGGCCUGCAACCCCAACCUGCAGCUCCUGCAGGGCCACCGCGUGGCCCUCCGUUCUGACCUGGACAGCCUCAGGGGCCGGGUGGCACUGCUGUCGGGUGGGGGCUCUGGCCAUGAGCCUGCCCAUGCUGGUUUCAUAGGGAAGGGGAUGCUGACUGGGGUCAUCGCGGGAGCCGUGUUCACCUCCCCGGCAGUGGGCAGCAUCCUGGCAGCUAUCAGGGCAGUGGCCCAGGCCGGCACAGUGGGGACACUCCUCAUCGUGAAGAACUACACUGGGGAUCGGCUCAACUUCGGCCUGGCCCGGGAGCAAGCCCGGGCUGAAGGCAUCCCGGUGGAGAUGGUGGUGAUUGGGGACGACAGCGCCUUCACUGUCCUGAAGAAGGCAGGCCGGCGGGGGCUGUGCGGCACGGUGCUUAUACACAAGGUGGCAGGUGCUCUGGCUGAGGCAGGUGUGGGGCUGGAGGAGAUCACAAAGCAGGUGAACGUGGUCGCCAAGGCCAUGGGUACCCUGGGGGUGAGCUUAUCCUCCUGCAGCGUCCCUGGUUCCAAACCCACCUUUGAGCUCUCAGCCGACGAGGUGGAGCUGGGCCUGGGGAUCCACGGGGAAGCUGGUGUGCGCCGGAUAAAGAUGGCAACCGCCGAUGAGAUUGUGAAACUCAUGCUCGACCACAUGACAAACACCACCAAUGCGUCCCAUGUGCCUGUGCAGCCCGGCUCCUCAGUUGUGAUGAUGGUCAACAACCUGGGUGGCCUGUCAUUCCUGGAACUGGGCAUCAUAGCCGACGCUACCGUCCGCUCUCUGGAGGGCCGCGGGGUGAAGAUUGCCCGUGCCCUGGUGGGCACCUUCAUGUCAGCACUGGAGAUGCCUGGCAUUUCUCUCACCCUCCUGCUGGUGGAUGAGCCUCUCCUGAAACUGAUAGAUGCUGAAACCACUGUAGCAGCCUGGCCUAACGUGGCUGCAGUCUCCAUUACUGGGCGGAAGCGGAGCCGGGUAGCCCCUGCCGAGCCCCAGGAGGCCCCUGAUUCCACUGCUGCAGGAGGCUCAGCCUCGAAGCGGAUGGCACUGGUGCUGGAACGGGUGUGCAGCACCCUCCUGGGCCUGGAGGAACACCUGAAUGCUCUGGACCGGGCUGCUGGCGACGGCGACUGUGGCACCACCCAUAGCCGUGCAGCCAGAGCGAUCCGGGAGUGGCUGAAGGAGGGCCCACCCCCUGCCAGCCCUGCCCAGCUUCUCUCCAAGUUGUCUGUCCUGCUCCUGGAGAAGAUGGGAGGCUCAUCUGGGGCGCUCUACGGCCUGUUCCUGACUGCGGCUGCCCAGCCCCUCAAGGCCAAGACCAGCCUCCCAGCCUGGUCUGCUGCCAUGGAUGCCGGCCUGGAAGCCAUGCAGAAGUAUGGAAAGGCUGCCCCAGGGGACAGGACUAUGCUGGAUUCUCUGUGGGCAGCAGGGCAGGAGCUCCAAGCCUGGAAGAGCCCAGGAGCUGAUCUGUUGCAAGUCCUGACCAAAGCAGUCAAGAGUGCCGAAGCUGCAGCCGAGGCCACCAAGAAUAUGGAAGCUGGAGCCGGAAGAGCCAGUUAUAUCAGCUCAGCACGGCUGGAGCAGCCAGACCCCGGGGCGGUGGCAGCUGCUGCCAUCCUCCGGGCCAUCUUGGAGGUCUUGCAGAGCUAGGGUGUGUGAUUGCCUCCCUUGGCCCCAGCUCCUCUCAGUACUGUGCUGAGGUGGCCUUUGUCACUUCCUUCUGCCUUCCAACCCUCACCUUUCCCCGGCCUGGCCCCGUUGGCCCGCCUUCUAAGUUGAGCAGGAAAUACUCCACCAAGCUUCCAGAACUACAGACAGCACCCAGAGCGAGCUGGAGUGGGUCCCCGUGCCUCUCCAGCAUGCCCUUUCCCUUUGCGGGAGGGUGGAGUCCCGGGGUCAUGCCCUCCCCUGCCAGUUCUGGGCUUCAGAGAUAAGGCAUUUUCCUUGUGCAGCCUUUACCUGGCAAUCCUAAUUUGGUUUUAAGACUCCCUGUGAAAUGCCUUCUGCACCUUAACCCCAAUGAACAUGAAAAAGAAAAUAAACUAUAAUACAUGGAAGCAAGAAA